AUGGCAUCGACAAGCAGCUCGUCAGUAGCUGGCGGAAGCGCUGCACAGCAUAUUGACGUGGGUGUCGAGGGAGAUAAUGCACAUUAUGGAUCUGCUGCCGAAGCAUUGGACGAGGAGAUGGCUGGAGAUGCUACACCUGCAGCCGAGGGCACACAAUCACCUCAGAGCGCCAACAACGGCGACCCACAAGAUUCGGAUUUGGCGGCGUCCUUCUAUCAGAAUGACGGCAACAGGAAGCGGCAGAGUGGUGCAACGCUAGCAGAAACCAAAGCCAUCGAAGUGGGCGACGAUGACGAUGACGACCUCAUGGGAGCAGAAUUGCCUGGUCGAGAAGAAUGGCUGUUGGAUGAGAAAAUCCGAGCUCGAUACAUACAAGAGAUCGGCGACAUCUUCUGA